UUGGGGUUCAGUCACGCGAGAAAAAAAUGUGAAAUAAAAUUUCGUAAAUCGCCGUUUAACAAAGUAAAUAAACUUUAACAAGUCGAAAUACUAAUGUUUAGUGCACGGGCAAGGUGUUACAAUUAUUACAAAGGUGUUGAAAGUUAAGUUUUGGUGGUAAAAUGUUGUUUUUUUAUCGCUUAUAAUUUCAUGUUGAUAAAAAACUGCUUUUUUACGACGGCUGCCGACCAGUUGAAGAUUUCAAAAUGAAUAAUCACAUGGCCCCGGAUAUUGAUCCACUUAGUACUUACAAUUUAAAUAAUUAUCCCAAUUUGGAGAAUUUUGGAAACAGUAUAAUACCGUUUGGGAAUACAUAUCCAUAUUCUGUUAAGGUGGAGGACUAUGCCAAUCCAAACUUUUAUAAUCCACCACCACAAGCGGUUCCACCGAAAUGUGCACAAGAUGUAGUUAACGAAAGUAGUAGUUUAAAUAAUAGCAUAGCAGAUACAACCAACGGAGGUUACCCUCCGGAUCAGACACAAAUAACGGAAACAGAUCACAACAACGAAAUUACAAAUAACCAAGAUAAUACAGAGGAGGAAGACAUAAAACCGGAUAUCUCAUUGAGUGCACUAAGUAAAAAAAUUAAAAAGGAAAGGAGUAAAUAUUUUUCAGAAAAAAUUACAGAAAAAGAUUUCAAAUUCUACGGAUGCUCGGUAUGUAAUAUCAACUUCAAGGAAUUGCAGGAGCUCGAUAAUCAUGUUAUAAUACACAAAGAUAGAAUAACUAGCUACGAUUUGAGAAUCAAAAAUCAGAUUAAGAAAAAAAAGAUGAGAAAGGAGUUAAAGAAGAGUAAGAAGUUAAAAAAGAAUGUCAAAGCGGAACCGGAAAUGGAGAUUGAAAUUAAACCUGAAGAUGGAUACAUAGGUAACGAGAAGGCUACUGACUUCGUUAACAAUACAGAAUCAGAUAACCAGAGUUCUAAGGAGAAUAAUGGAGAGAAGAGCAAAAAUAUAGAAACUAAAACAACGGAUGGCAACGCAUUGUCUCAAAUUAGCAAUAAGCAAGAGCUGAUGAACCUACAAAAGAUAUACAAAUGCUUCGCAUGCCAGAAGCAGUUCACACUGAGCUAUUAUCUGAAACUGCACGUCAGGUCUCAUACAGAUGAGAAACCCUACACGUGCGCGCAGUGCGGGCAGACGUUCAUCACAGCAAGCAAGCUGGGGAGGCAUAACAAGAGGUUCCACCUCGCCAUACGGUACCAGUGCCGGAUAUGCUACAAGUACUUCUCCAGAUUUGAGUUCCUUACUCGACAUUUUGAUAAGAAGCAUCCCGAUGACAAGUUAGAAGGCGAACCGUAUGAUUUCAACGCAAUACUACCAUACCUAAAAGAAUUGGAGGAGCAGCUGCGAGAGAAGACUGAGAAAGAGAAAGCUGAAUCCAAACCGGAAGACCCCUGGGCUAACUGCUGGGAGGUUGCCAAGGACGAGCCAGAUGAAGUCAAAGAGGAAGUCAAAGAGAACAUAGAGCAUGUCGAACAGGUUGAGCCGGUGACUGUUACCAUAGAGGAGGUGAAAAUCGAUAUAGAACGGAUUGAUGUGAAGGUCGAGGAGGUGGAUGAGAAAGAGAUGGGAGGAGACAUACACGACGAUGAUGAUGAUAAUGACAGAGACGGUGAUGUCAAAGACGAGAGUGAUCAGAUGAAGGACGAGAACAUGUCAGACGACGACUAUUUUCCCUCCAACACGUGGGCGUCGUCCCCCAAGCUGGAAGAGCCGAUAUCCCCCAAGAAGGCCAAGGCGGAGGACCGGGUGAAGUGUCCGGUGUGCGAGAAGAAGUUCAGCACGGCGUCGUACAUGCGCAUCCACACGCGCACGCACACCGGCGAGAAGCCCUUCAAGUGCUACGUGUGCGACAUGGGCUUCAUCACUUCCAGCAAGAUGCACCGGCACGUCCUCACGCACCCGGAGUCCUGGGCAGAUGAUGACGUCAAAGAGGAGAAAGAAGACGAGGGGGUAAAAGUCAAAGCCGAAGAUGGCAAGAGUGAUGCGGACGACAAGAAAGCCAAGAAGAAGUUAAGAAUGAAGAAGGCGCUGGCGAAGUUCUCCAAGAAGUCCCGACCCUCGGAGAAGAAGAGGCUGUAUCAGAAGAGGCCGCACGCCUGCGAGUACUGCCAGAAGAGAUUCCUACACUUGGAGACAUUGCAGGUGCAUAAGAAGAGUCACGAGGGCGAGAGCGUGGUGUACAAGUGCACGUUCUGCCUCGCCGAGCACGCGGACGAUGCGGCCCGCCGCGCGCACGAGGCGUCGCAUGGCGGGCCCAAGCCCUACCUGUGCACCAUCUGCGGCCGCGGCUACAAGAAGCGGGAGACCAUGAUCUACCACCGCAAGAACCACCGGCCCGACCGCGAGUACAUCUGCGACAUCUGCACCAAGAGCUUCAACGCGCAGUGCAAGCUCCAGCGCCACAUCGUGAGCCACCGCACGCAGCGGUUCGUGCUGCGCUACGAGUGCCCGGUGUGCGCGCACAUGUUCCACACCAAGUACCACGUGCAGAUGCAUCUCGCCACGCACCAGAAGGAGGGCCUUAUUCAAGAGGAAAACCGCAACGAGAUCUUGGCGAUGGUGUUGCAGAACGCGCGCAAGAUACCCAAGACUGCCGACGCGCCCGCCUCGCUCACCGACGUGGUGCCGGCGGACGAGCGCAGCCGCGUGUGCAACAUAUGCGGCGAGGUAUUCCAACACUUCUACUAUUUGGAGGAGCAUCUCAAGAGCCACGGCUCGAAGAUCGCUAUAGAAGACAGCGAGAAGGCCGAGGAGAAAAAACAUGUAUGCACAGUGUGCAACAAAGGCUUCAAGCUACACUACUACCUCAAACUCCACAGCUUCACGCACACAAAAGAGAAGCCCUUCAUAUGCCAGCAGUGUGGCAAGGGUUUUAUAACUCGGGGUAAGCUGAAGCGACACAUAGAAACGCAUACGGGCUUGAAGAAAUACCAGUGCCACAUCUGCUACAAGUUCUUUACGAGGCCAAGCUACCUCAGGAUUCAUGUGAGAACGAUACACGGCACUCAAGACUACAAUUUCAGGGUCGACAAGACUUGGAACCAGUUCGGGACGGAAUACACCGCGUAAAACGUUAAUUUUCUGAUCGUUUAACAAUUUAACGUUGGUGUUAAAUUUUCAGAAAUGUGACUUUUUUUGACUGUUGAAAUGUGUAUUGUUAUUUUUUAUGGUGUCAAUUUGAAAUGCGCAGCAUCAAAUAUCUAUAAGUAAAGUAUUUUAUUCUCUAACACCAUAUGUGUAAUGAGUAAAUGUUGAGUCAACUUUUUACUAGUACUAUUUUCUACUUACUGUUACUCAUUCGAUCGCAUUCGAUUCUAUCCCGUAAUAGUUAACUACGAUCUGUAUGGGAACUACUAGUAUGAAACAGUAUUGUCAUUAGAUGGCGCUCAAUAAAUCGUAGUUGAUAUUGGAUAGAAGCAAUUGUCCGGUCGGCCGAGGGGACUCACUAUAUAAUCACUACACAUAUUGAGCUUGAGUAAUACUAGUGAGUGGCCUGUGAAAACACCCAUAGAAUCAUAAUAUAAAUUGUACAAGACCAAAUUACGUAAGAAUCCGUAUUAUAAUUUUAGAAUGGAAUCUGUUUGGAGCAGACUUCGAAAGUUGAUUUCCGAAUAUUCAACAUCGGUGUUAAUUUAUCAGAAAUUCCAUGUAAAUUGUCGACAAGCAAUCAUAAAGGCAAUAUGGAAUAUUAAACUAUUUAGCCCAAUUCGCGAAGACGAGACAAACGGUUGAAGAAUUUCUGAAAAUUUAACAUUUGCGUUAUUUUUGUCUAAUAUCUAAAAUAGCAAAGAGAAAUCCGAUUUAAUUAUAAUUUUAAAAUGUAAUGAUUUCGGUUCGCGGAAGUUAUCAAAUACAAAAUUAAGGUUUUCUAAAAUGAACUGUGCAUACUUUAGGAAACUAGUGAUAAUACAUUUUGUAAUGCACUAAAAAUGUACAGAAAAUAUGAAAUAUAAAUAUUAAGGUGCCUCUGAAAUUAAUAUUUUUGAAAAAAUUAAUAAGUCGUAGUUUAUAAUGAAAUUGUUUUGAUUAGAAGUUUAAAGAAAAGUUACCUCAUUUUAAAAAUGAUUUUACACAAAACGGUUAUGGCGAAAUUACACUGUAAUAUAUUUUUAUGUACUUAAUCAAAUAAAUGUUACGGGGCAAAGUCGGAUCUACCUCUGGGCAUAGUUCAUAACGUUAUACCCGGGUCUCUCUUGCUUCACUGGACUCGCUUCCUUGACAUAAACUGUUAUCCUACUUCCUACUAAUAUUAUAAAUGUGAAAUUGUGGAUGUUUGUUACUCAAUCACUCCAAAACGGCUGAACAGAUUUGGAUAAAAUUUUGCAUGCUUGUAGCCUUUGACAUGGAACAGAACAAAGGCUGCCUUUUAUCCCGAUCCCUUUAAUAGUUCCCGAGGGAAAAUUGAAAAUUGUUUUCAAGCUGCGGGUAGACAGCUUUGAAAUUUGGUGUGUAUGUAACCUAUGCUAUGGAAAAGGACAUGUACUUUCUAUACCUAUUAUAUUUUUACACUCCUUCAAAUAAUUGCAAUGCAAUUGUGGCGCCCACAGAACAGGGUUUUUUAUUUUCCUAGUCAGGUUUUAUAAAUGAAAAUUGCCUUUUAUAAGCGAAUUGGAAUAAAUAAAUGUUUGACUUUGACUUUUGGGCAUAUGUGAAUAUGAAAAAACUAAACUGGACUGGGAAGUAAAAUAUAUGUUACUAUUUUAAGAUUAUAUGUUUGUUAUUUAACUUUUUUAAGAACAUUUAUUGAUUCCAUCAAACUGCCCUGUUACUCUGCCCAGGGUUUGCCAAAGUAGACUUUGCCCAACUUCGCCCUUUAACAUAAAAAAUUGAAAAUUACCUACUUAAUACGUAACCAGUAAAAUCAUGAAUUUCUUUUUCUUAUCAAUGGUAAGUAUUAUUUUUUUCGGUUUAGGGAAAAAUAUGGUGGGGUUUUUGCUUUUUUUUUUAAUAAUUUCUGUAUGUAUAUUUAGCUUAAUUUUUUUCUAAAUGGAUUGUAAAUAAUAAACAAAUUAAGAUUAUUAUUUUUAGUAUUGUUUGUUAUAGUGGUGGAGUGUUACUAUAUUAAUUGGAAAAGUACUGUGUACUUUAGUGUGAGUACAUUGUACUGGAGAUAACUUAUAUAUUAAUAUACUUGUUUUGAAAUAUUAAUUUUGGAAAAAAAAUCUCUUUUAUUCUAUUAAAUUUCAAGUUGAAUGAAUGUCAAUUAUAAAAAAAAAGUGUUUAGUCGAACGCAAAUUCGGUCUUGUGAAAAACAAAUUAAUCUAUAUUUCGGGGGUAAAAAGUGCCCUGUGCCAUUCCAGACUAUAAUUUAUCAGCAUUAAAGUCCCACUGCUCGGCACAGGCGUCUCGCAUAGGCAAGACGGUUAUAGAGUAAAGACCCAACACGCUAUUCCAAUUCGGUUUGGUGGGUUUUUAGUGAUUAUAUUCACGUGUUAGUGAUAAUAACCAUGACACGUGCUCCCCGAAGCAAGCCAGCCAGCCUCCGGGCUGGUACCGACUUUUUUUUACAGUAAUACUGUUUGUGCCACUCUGGAAUCGAACCUAGGGGCCUUGUUAUUCUAAGUAGACCAAGGAGACAGUUAAGACCUCAAAUACCUUUGUCGAAGUUUUGUAACUUGCAGGUUUUAUACUGUAGAGGUACUUUUAUUAAACCGCCUUGACCGAUUGCGUCGAAAGCGGUAAUGUGUUGUAGAAAUAAGAAUUCGCUAGUUAAUUUCGGUUGUUGUUGAUUUUGUAAAAAGGCGGUGAAUAUAUAUUAUAUGGAAUAAAUAAAUUAAGUUUUA